GAGAGAGAGAGAGAGAGAGAGAGAGAGAGGGAGGAGACAGAUAUUUAAAGAAAGUAUUAAUUACGCAAUCUCAUCGAGAACUCGCAUAUGCACUCAGCGAAAUUGUGGAAAGUAUUUCGAGAUUAUGGAAGGAAGCACAUAUGCGCGCGAUAUGAUGAGGUACGAUAGAAAUGAGUUAGAUAUCACGUUUAGAUUCAUUUUUCGAAGAAAACGAUAAUAAACAUUGCGAAGAGGCUUCUAGUCUGUCGGAAUACUUCAGUCUUUAUGAAUGCCCCGACAGGUUCCUCAAUAUCUUCGGGAAACUCGGCAAGAUCGGCUUCGUUGUGGAGAAGGUGAACAAACAGAAGGCGAUGAGGGUCAAAUCACGGCUGCAUCAGGACUCUUGGGCGCUCCGGGCGUUGAUAAUAUUCUUCAAGGUCAUCGGUCUCGCGACCUUCACACACCGUGCCGCCGGGUCGAAGAGGAGAAACCCGCAGACAGCGUGCGUGUUUCAGUACUCCGAGCUGGGUAUCGCUUAUAACGUCGUGCUCGCCAGCCUGAUCAUCGCUUCGAACUGCCUGUCGAUACCGUAUAGCAUCAGCCUCGACUACCCUAGCAAAACGAACAUGACUGUAGGCAUCGAGAUCUUCCAGACUGUGCUCGGCAGCAUGUCGAUCAGCGCGGUUUUACUCGCUUACUGCUUCGGGGAGAAGACCCUGAUCCGGAUAGGCAACCGACUGACGGACGUCGAGCACGAGCUGGACCGUCUCUAUCGUCUGUACCCUUCGCUGCGUCGACAGCGCGUCUUCCAUGGCCUGACGAUCGCGUGCAUCUUCAAUAGCAGUAUGGCGGUGACGCUCUUGAUCGCAGAAUACUUCGCCUUCCACCCGACUCCGACCUCCUGGCUGACGGAUAUCGUGCCGACGUUCCACUUGGGGUGGCACAUGAUCCAGUACUUCCUGCUGGUAAGCGUGAUCCAGGCGAGCUUCGCCGAUGUGAAUCGUGCUAUACAGUGCCUAGCCGGGAUCGGCAGCCCGGAUCUUCAGCCGCAAUCCUUGUAUCACGGUCGUCGCGUCGUCGUCGGCAACACCACUGUUCACAAGCUGCUGGAGCUGCGAGACGUCCAUGCUCACCUCUGCGACGUUUCCCAGAACGUGUCGGACUUCUACUCGGUAUCCGUGCUCUUCGCCAUCUUCUAUAUAUUCUUCUCGCUCGUGUACAACGGGUACUACCUCAUAUCACCUCUGUUGCUGAGCGACGAGGUCUUGGAGUACAAAGUCUUGGCCGACACUGUUUUCUGGUUGAUAUUCCUAACUUGUCCCAUUCUCCUCCUCACCAACAGCAUCACCAAGCUUUUGAACGAGAUGACAAAAACAGGCAGUGCGGUAAACAAUCUAAUGAAUUGCAUGGUCGACACGGAGGUGAAAUUCGAGCUUCAGCAGAUCUCACUUCAAUUGUUGCACCGCAGGGUAUACUUUACAGCUAACGGAUACUUUGCACUCGAUAACACUCUCUUCCAUUCGAUGAUGAGUGCGGUAACGACGUAUCUAGUGAUACUAGCGCAAUUUCAAAUGGGAAGCAUGUCGAAAUCGUCUCGUAAUUGUACGCAGCAACAUGUGCCAAACAUGAACGAAUACCGUGAAUCGUCGCGAGUUGAAGAUGUAUGGCAGGAAGAAGUCAAAUGUCAUCUUCAGAUUAAUUUACCGAAGAAAAUAAUGAAUGGCGAGGAUGCUUCCCGUUCGGUCGAACAUUUAGUCUUCAUGGAUGCCUACAGGAUUUCCAAUAUUUUCGGCAACUUAGAAGAAGCGGGCAUCAUUACGGGGAAAUUCAGCAAGCGAAGGAUGACGAGGAUCAAGUCGCAGUCGCAGUCGCAUCAACACUCCCUAUGGGCAUUUCGGACAUUAUUGAUAUUCUUCAAGAUGAUCGGUCUCGCGACCUUCACUCAUUGCGUCGCCGAGCAGAAAAAGAAAAGUCCCCAGACGAUUUGUACAUUUCAGUACUCCGAACUGGGCAUCGUCUACAACGCUGUGCUGAUCAGUCUGAUGAUCGCUUCUAACUAUUUGUCGGUACCAUACACGAUCAACGUGGAAUAUCCCAACAAGACGAACAUGACCGUAGGUAUCGAGGCUUUCCAGACUGUACUCGGCAGCAUGGCGAUCUGCGUGAUUUUGUUCAGCUAUUGCUUCGGCGAGAGGUCCCUCGUGCGAAUCGCCAACCGAUUGAUGAACGUCGAGCACGAGCUCGACCGGCUUUACCGUCUGUGUCCUUCGCUGCGACGAGGGCGCGUAUUCCGUAUCGUGGCGAUCAUCUGUGUCCUGGAAGGUAGCACGGCGAUGGCGGUCCUGGCCACCAAAUACUUCGCUUUCUAUGCUAGCCCGAUCUCCUGGCUGACAGACAUCGUGCCCUCUUUCCACAUAGGAUGGUUCAUGAUCCAGUACUUCUUACUGGUGAGCGUCAUCCAAGUGGACUUUGCCGACGUGAAUCAGGCGAUACAGGGUCUCUCGAGGGUCAAUACGCCGGAUUCUCGGCCGCAGUCCUUGUAUCAGACUCGUCGCGUCAUCGUCAGCAAUUCCAUCGUUCAACAGCUGCUGCAGCUACGGGACGUGCACUGUCACCUUUGCGAAGUCUCGCAGGACGUCUCGAACUUUUAUUCGGCGCCGAUAGUGUUCGGUAUCUCUUACAUGUUCUUUUCGCUCGUGUACAACGGCUACUAUCUGUUGUCGCCCUUGGUGUUGAGCAACGAGGUCCUGGAGUACAUAGUCUUGGCCAACACCAUUCUCUGGAUGUUAUUCUUGAUUUAUCCCAUUAUUCUUCUCACGAACAAGAUCACCUGGAUUUUGUAUGAGAUUGGGAAAACAGGCAAUGUGAUACAUAAACUCUUGAGCUGCACGAUCGGCAAUUUGGUGAAGUCGGAGCUCAAGCAAUUUUCGCUUCAGUUGCUGCACCGCAAGAUACACUUUACGGCCAGCGGGUACUUUACGCUCGAUAACACUCUCUUCCAUUCGAUGAUGGGAGCGGUGACGACGUAUCUGGUGAUACUUGUGCAAUUUCAGUUGGGAAAUUCGCCGAAUAGUUCCUGCAAUUGUACGCAGGAAAACUUGCCAAAUACAGACGAAUAAAGAUUAAUAAGGAUUGUAGCAUUAUAUGAUAUGACGAAUGAUCCUUACAUUUGGAUUUUACGAGGAAAGUUCUGGAGGUGCUCGUUGAUGAACUUUGGAUAUAUCGUAAAGCAAC